AUGAAAGAUCUAGGAGAGUUAAGGUUCUUCCUUGGAAUCGAAUUUGCAAGGUCUGAUAAGGGAAUACUAAUGCAUCAGAGGAAGUAUACAUUAGAAUUGUUAUCAGAAUUAGGACUAACAGCUGCUAAACCUAUCUGUACACCUAUGGACUACAACCUUAAACUAACCUCUAGGCAGUUUGAUGAUCAUGUAAAACAGAUUCAGCCAGAUGAAGAUACUUCAGCUGAUAAAGUAACCUAUCAGAAAUUGAUUGGAAAAAUACUCUACUUGACAAUUACCAGACCUGAUAUAGCAUUCUGUGUUCAAACUUUAAGUCAGUUUUUAAAAGCUUCCAAGAAAUCUCAUAUAGAUGCAGCAUUAAGAAUAGUGAGGUAUGUUAAGAAUCAACCAGGUCAAGGUGUGUUAUUGUCCAAUGAUCCAAAUGAGGAAGUCAGUGCCUUUUGUGAUGUUGAUUGGAUCGGAAAGUCUGUGGUUGCCUGGAAAUCAAAGAAACAGGCUACAGUCUCAAGAAGCUCCGCAGAAGCUGAGUUUAGAAGUCUUGCUGCAGUUACAGCUGAGCUAGUAUGGAUUGUGGGAUUAAUGACAGAAAUUGGCAUUUAA